GAUAACCUGACAGUAAUGCAAGCAUUCCACCAGAAAUUCCAGGAAAUAUAUCUGUGGGUUCUUACUUUUGCAUGCUUCUUGCACAGUCUCAACACACUGAUUGGUGAUAUUGUUGCCUGUCCUCUGAUGAAGAAAGUGAUGAUGAAGACCACUCAUGUUGUGACAUUCUUCAACUCAUCUCACUAUUGGGGUGGGCAGCUCAAUGACAAAGCCAAGAGGUUAGGUAUCAGGCAGAGAUUGAAGCAAAACUGUGAAUCACAUUUUUAUGCACUGAUCUUGCACUUCUUGAGU